AUGUACAAAAUCGUGGUUUCCUUGGUGGUGUUGGUAGCUCUGGUGGAAGGAAAGGAGGAUGGGAUCCGGUACAUCAUGAGGCUUUACGAAGACUGUUCAAGAGCUGAUGGGAUCAUGCCGUGUUUGAAGAAGAAGGCUAUACUGUUCUUUGAUAGAGCUGCAAGGAUGGAAUCUAUACCGCUCGUGGAUGGGAUAGACAUAGUCAAAUCUGCUGGAUUUGAAGCUCAGGCGGUUAGUGAGAAUGACAUAGAUGCGACCCUGCCGAGGUCAGCUGAUGCUAAGGACGAAACCUUGACUUCCAUGCUGUGGGACCGAGUGGCUUCGUUCGCGAACUCCAGAACAGUUCAGCUGUCUCUUCCCAAGAUCACUGGACAGGAGAUCAAUCAGGGAGUUGAAGAAGGUCGAGGCAAGAUGAAGAAGAUGAUGUCGAUGAUGAUGAUGGGUGGAGCGAUGAAGAUGGCGGCCAUGAUACCGCUGGCGAUAGCUGGGCUGUUCGUGCUGGCGGGGAAAGCGCUCAUCGUGUCCAAGAUCGCGCUCCUUCUAGCAGGCAUCAUCGCGCUCAAGAAGAUCAUAGCACAGAAGAACAGCGGAGGAGGUGGCCACGAGAGCCACGGUUGGUCAUCCGGCGGUGGCAGCGGCGGUUGGGACAGAAGGUCGUAUGCCUCAGAGCUGGCUUACGCUGGACAGAAGAAGGCUUAGAGUAGAAGACAGGUUGUAGGACAAAUUUGACAAGUAAGUGUUGGAUAGUUCAUGUAGUAGUACUAUCUGACAUUUCAGUAACGAAGAAAUUGGUGAUUGGGCGGGAACCGUACAUAAUAAUUAUAAUUGUGGGAUAGAACAACACUGUCCUUUGUCAAGGCUCAAAAGUAUUUUUGUGGCAAAUUUUAUCAAACCUAGUUUAGCAGCU